GUAGAUAACCUUGUUCUAAAUUUCGACUCGUUGUGCAAGACAAUUUCGUCAUACUUCUUUAUUUAGUUUAUCUGGCCCAGUUUUACCUAUUUAAAGACAGAACCACAAACUUUAUCACCAGUUGAGUGGAGGGCGUCUCUGGUGAGCCUGCGUUAUAGAAUAAGUAAAAGUUACCGUAGUUCGAGCAAUAAUUUGGAAGUGUCUUUCACUUUCAGAAUUUAAUUUAGCAGUGAAAGUGUUUCCUACUAACAACUCCAGUCAGGUUUGCUUUCAGCCACAAAACAAGGCAAAACUGUUUUCUGUUGUCCAUCUUCUUGUUGGAUCGAACACAGAUUUAAAGGUGUCUGAGAAGACAGCUAAACUUUCAAACAGUAGUUCUCAUAGUAUGCAAAAGUCCUCUAAAGCUAUUUGUCAGUUUUACAAAAAGUCUAGAGGUUGUAAGUUUGGGACUAGUUGUAGAUUUUUGCACAGUUUUUCACCAGAUAUUACUCAAGAAAAUCUGAACAAAAAUGGAAUUCUAAGCAGUGAAAUUGUAGAUUCGUCUUCAACUUUCAGUUCUACCAUUUCUCCAGAUUUUAUCCGACCAACAGAACAUAAUGAAUCAGUAAAGGAGGAGGUAACUCUCAAUCAGAAAGACUACGCUAACAAACAUUUAAAGGUUUGUCACUAUUUCUAUCAAUAUGGAAAUUGCAAAUUUGGAACUAAGUGCAGAUUUGUACACCCAGAUGGAGGUCAACAGGUUAAGCCAGUGCACCAUGUGCAGGUGGAAGAGGGCAGAAUCACACCACACGGUACUGCUGCUUCUAAUGAAAAACAAGAGAGGUCUCAUGCUCCAGAGGUAAAACCAAAAAGAAGGAGAAAACCUAUCUGCCAAUUCUACAAAGCUGGCAGUUGUAAGAAAGGAGAAGAUUGCAGAUACAGACAUCAAGACAAGGAAGAUGCUAUUUUGAAGGACUUUGUCAAACAAAACUCUAAAACAAGCACCACUUAUACACCAGAAAAAGUACUAGAUAUUGACAAUAAUGCAAAAAUUUCAGAGAAAAUCAUAUUGAAGCCGACCAUUUCUAUUCCACCUGGAAAUGUUAUUCGAGAAUUGAUUAGAGAAUCCGCCUCUGAUGAGGAAGUUGAUCAGCUUAGAUGUAUUGAAUUACAACAAUUGAAGAAAAGGUUCCCGAAAGAGAAAUUGAUAGUUUUGCCAAAGGUUGAUGACAAAGAUGUAUUUCAGCUUAGUUUUUCAUCCAGUGAUCCUGAUUGGCCCUAUGAUGUGAAACUGUUUGAACUGGAGAUUUCAUUUCCUGUGAAAUACCCACUAAAGCUGAUGGAAGUUUGUCUGCCACAAGAACAGAAUUUACCUGAAACUGUUAGAAGAUAUGUAGAGGUGUCUAUUCAAGAAUGGAUUGAAGAGAAAGAUAAGCAGAAUAUCAAGAGAGGAGUUAUUAAUAUGGUGUUUAGACCUUUCUUAAAAUGGUUUGAUCGUAGUUUGGAGGAUAUGGUUACAGAAGGUUUGAAACAGUAUCAAAGAGAAAUUAUGGCAAAAGCUGCAGGAAUGGAAUUUAUUCCAGCCAGUCAGCUAAAAAAGGAAGCUGUCAGUUCACAAACAGACGACAGCAGUGAUGAAACAGGAAGUGAUACAAACACAGAGGAGAGAGAAUAUACCGUUUAUAAAAAGGAAGAUGUAGAUGAAAUUUACACAGGACCAAUGGAAAACUUCAGCAGUGGUGAUGAAUAUGAAUAUGCUGAAGAACAAAACAGUAAGAAAGAUUUAGAUGUAACAGAAACUGAAGUGAGAGGUACAGAAGUAAGACUAAGAAAUCUUCAAUUGAGGGAUUCUGCAUCCACCAUGGUAUUCCUUCAGAUAAAGAUAAUCAUACAGUGUACAAGAUGUCACAAUCGUCUGGAUGUGAAGACACCUCCAAACCAGGUCAAUGCUGUUCCCUGUCAGAAAUGUAACCAGUCACAGUUGGUAAACUUUCGACCAUCCAUGGCUCAUCAAUAUUCUUCUGUCAUUGGUUAUUUAGAUGUAGAAGGAUGCACUGCUUUUGAUCUGGUUAUGCAAGAUUGUCAGUUCAAAUUGGGAUGCAUGAGAUGUUCAAAGGAAACAACAGUUCAGGGUUUGCCUCCUGAACAACUGAAGGAUGUAUCAUGCUAUACUUGCUAUCAAAAAAUGAAAGUAGCAGCUGAUUCUGUCAGGUUUACCGAACUUCAGCCAUCUUAUCUUAACCAGGAUGGUGCAGUGAAUAUUCCUGUGAUGAGAAUAAAAAAGAUUCCAAAAGAUCCCAGAAUCAUUCUUGGCAACCAACUUCCAGAUAAUGGAAUUUGUAAACACUACAAAAAGAGUUUUAGAUGGUUUAGAUUCCCAUGCUGUGGGAAAUGUUACCCAUGUGAUGUUUGUCAUGAUGACACAGAAGAUCAUUUAAUGGUUAUAGCUAACAGAAUGAUAUGUGGACAUUGCUGUAAAGAACAGCCUUUUGCAUUGGAAAAACCAUGUAAUGCCUGCCAUCAAUUGAUGACAAAAAGUCGCUCAGCAUUCUGGGAAGGUGGCAAAGGUUGCAGAGACAAAGUGAAAAUGAACAGGGAUGAUGCAAGAAAAUAUGCCAACACAAAUAAAACUAUCUCAAGGAAAGCUCAAGAAAAAGCCAAACCAACGAAAAGGAAGAACAGUAAAUGAUGUUCUUUUGUUAUUGUAAACAAUUUUGCUGAUUUUUUUAUUCUAUCAUUUAUUAUAUUAUACAAUUGUAUCAAAAUGUUCUGCAUAGAAUUGACAUUCAGUUAUGUAGAGGCUUUAUUUAUUUCAUUAAUUUGUUUUAUUUUAUACUUGUGAAUCUUUACUAAAUGAAAAGUAACCUGAAGAAAAAAAUGAUAAUAAUUAGGUAUGGAUACUACAAUUUGCUUAAUAGUUUUCGAAUGUCCUUUUAUAUCAAUGUCUAUUCAAAUGUUUUAAUAAGAUAAUAUUUUCAGCAUCUUUUAGGUAAAAGUACCUGAUAUAUGCAAAAACCUAACCUUUAUUUGUUAUUUUUAUAUUAAAAUUAAAAGUAUGAUACAGGCCUUUAAAUUGUGAUUGCUUAAAUAAAAAAGACAACAGUGAUUUAAAAAAAAGUAAAUCUGUUACUGUAGAUAUUUCUGACACUAUCAUCUGGAUAAUUUUAGUAAACAUAUUUUUAAAGAGUUGACUCUCUUGACAACUUAUUAAUAGAAAAAAGACAAUAACAAAAUAUUUAAAUUAGAGAAAAUUAAAUGUAGCCAUUAUUGGACUAUUACCAGUAUUUGUCUUACCAAACAAAUUGACAGCUUGAAUUUCAGUAGUUUUAAUAAUGUUUAACUGGAAUUGAUGAAAAAUCAAACAUUUUUCUUCUUUACAGAAGUCAUGUUUGAAAAAAAAUGUCAUGUUUUAAGAGCUACAAUCUUACUUCAAUCCAGUUCAUAUUUCUUUAGAUAAUACCCGUUUUUUCUCCUAUUUGUUUUUUUUUCUUUGAAUUGGAUAUUAGAUUUUAAGUUGCUUGUGUAAGUUCUAUGUUUAAAGUUGACUUUUUCAUGGUGUUGCUACAGUUUUAUGGUAGAGGAAAAGAAGCUAUAUAUUAUAUUGAUGUCAAAACCUUUUUAAAUGCCAAUUUUCUGACAUUGGUCAGGAAAUAACUAUAAAAUAUGCUUCAUAAGUAUUAUUAUUUUGGUAUGUUAUUAUGUAUGUGCAAAAAAGUUUGAUAAAAUAAAAAUACUUUAAUGU